AUGAAAAGUAUGAGGCUCAUUGGAAAAUUCCAGGUAUUUCUAUUCAUUUGGACGAAACUGGAAGAAGAAAGUGGGAGCGACAACGCCAAAACCUUGGUUUUGCCGGCGAAUCGCCAUGGCAAGCUUAAGACUGCUUCCACAGAUCGACACCUCAGCGACAUUCUUCUUCAAAUCAGGUCCUCCAAAGCCCCUGUAAGAACCAAUUACGGCGCAACCUGGUGUCGAGUGUGUAGCCAGAUUCUUCCUGCAUUUUGCCAGCUGAGUGAUAGUUUCCCAAAGCUUUCGUUUGUCUAUGCAGAUAUAGAUGAGUGCCCUGAAACAACUCAGCACAUUCGGUAUACGCCAACAUUUCAUUUCUACAGAGAUGGUGAAAAGGUGGAUGAGAUGUUUGUUGCCGGCGAAGAGCGGCUUCAUGAUCGCUUGUGGUUGCACUCUUGAAGAUGAUGAUGCUAGGAAUGACGACCAUUUUUUAUGUCUAGAAUCCUCAAUGAUCAAGAAGCUGGAUAAUGUGAAAGAAUGCAAGUACAAAAAUUGACGAAGCGAAGAAAAAACACGAUUCAACAAGUACUACAUGGUUCCUACUUUUGCUACUACCACAACUUUGGAGCACACCU